AGCAGCGGCGCAGAGCACCAUGGAAAACGGACGGAAACUCCAUUGAGCCAUAAUAAGCUGGAGAGAAGGUUCCCGACGCAGCGAUGGCGAGAGGCAGAAAAACAGACCUGGGGAGGGGCGUGCGGGGUGGGGUGGGGUUGGAUGGAAGCCUCGGCGGGCCAAAACCACUGCGCCUUCAAACUCCGGAUGCGCCGGUAUUUGAGGCGGAGGCGGGGCUGGGGGGGAAAAGGGAGGCUAUGGCGCGCGGAGCACUGUGGGACACUGUGGGCCACGUGGGGCGGGACGGAAGCCCCGGAGGGUCAGACCGUAGCGACGCGGGAAGUCCGGACGCCGUAGCUGCCUGAAGCAGAGGCGAGAGGGAGGCUCAGCCCCGGCGGCGGCAAUGGCGGAGAGGCCCGAGGACCUAAACCUGCCCAACGCCGUCAUCACCAGGAUCAUCAAGGAGGCGCUCCCGGACGGUGUCAACAUCUCCAAGGAGGCCCGGAGCGCCAUCUCCCGCGCCGCCAGCGUCUUCGUGCUAUACGCCACAUCCUGUGCCAACAAUUUUGCUAUGAAAGGAAAGCGCAAGACGCUGAAUGCCAGUGAUGUGCUCUCAGCCAUGGAAGAGAUGGAGUUCCAGCGGUUCGUUACCCCAUUAAAGGAAGCUCUGGAAGCAUAUAGGCGGGAGCAGAAAGGCAAGAAGGAGGCCUCAGAGCAAAAGAAGAAGGACAAAGACAAAAAAACAGACUCAGAAGAGCAAGACAAGAGCAGGGAUGAGGACAACGACGAAGAUGAAGAAAGGCUGGAAGAAGAAGAACAGAAUGAAGAGGAAGAAGUAGACAACUGAAUAGGGUGGGAGACUGUAGCACCUUGGAAGGUACCACUUGAGAUGAGACGUGCUACAUGUUUCUGUGACGCUUUUCCAUGCUGGGCAGGGGAGUCUCAGGCAAAAGUGCCUGAAAAGAUCAGAAUAAAAACUGACUAGAAAUACCAUCAAAACCAGCACUUACCAAACUGAAAGCAUCUGAGUAGCAGAAUCCUGUUUUCCUUCAUCAAUCUGAAGAUUAUUACUUUUUGACAAGAGGGAUUCUGAGCGGCUAAAUUAGUCAGUUUGAUCACUUUUGGUUACUUAAAUGUAUGGUUAGAUGGUUUUUGAUCUGCAGUCUUCCCUAUUCCCCCAAAUAAGUAAUAAUAACUUCCGUGCUGCCUGCUGUGUUCCAGAUCACAGAAGCAGCCAGGGCUCAGGAAAAAUUGGGGCUUUGCUUAUGGUCAGCCUAUGUUUGAUUGCACAGUCUUUGACAGUAGCUUACUAAGACUGCUCAGUAUGAGUAAGCUUUAGGAAAGUACUAAAAUGCUGUGGGAGAAUAACAAAAUCUGUCUCUUCACUUGACAGGAGCAUUAACUGGGUUUUGUUUUUCAUGGACCCACUUGGCUCAAAACCUUUCUAUAUUGCCUGCAGAUGAUUGAUCUGCUGGUGUGGUGGUAAUCUGAUCACAGAUACUCUUAAAUCAGCAGUGUAGAAUGGUGUUAGUCAAGCAAGGGUGCCAGUGUCUUACUUUUACAAAAACAGAUGGCAUAGUGUCAGGUGUACCUUACUUUCUGCCACUAUACAGCUUUAGGAUUUGUCAUCACCUCCUGGAAGGUGUAAAACCCCAGGCUUUCUCUUCUUGAAGUCCAUCUCCCAGACUUGUGACUGUAGCUUUUCAUUCUUGAAUUCAUGAGUUCCGAACUUUAUUUCCUGUAGGCACAGCUUUCUCCCUCUGUGCCUCUUGCUUCCUUUCUCUCCUCUGCCUCUCCUCUGUCCCCCAUCCCACUUUCUCCUCUCCCUCCUUUUCUCACUUCUGUCAGUCUGGAAGCUUUGAUUACCUGCUUAAUACUCCAAAGUGUGAGUUCCUCUGAUCUCUUGUUUCCUUAGUUCUAAUCUCAUGUUUUGUUUUGUUUUGUUUUGUUUUUAAGAGAUGGGGUGUCUCUGUGGCCCAGGCUGGAGUGCAGUGGCAUGAUCAUAGCUCAUUGCAUCCUUGAAAUCCUGGACUCAAGUGAUCCUCCCACCUGAGCCUUCUGAGUAUCUGGAGCUACAGAUGCGUGCCACCAAGCCUGGCUAAUUUUGUCUCAUGUCUUCUAAAAAUUAUUUUGUGAAGCCCCUCUGAACCUUAAGGGAAAUCUGAUGGUGCUCAGGAAUCUAACUCUCCCCAAACCGUCCUCUUUAACUGCUUCUAAAAUAUCUCUGUUGGCCUUUCUUAGUUUUUUUCUGUUUCCAUUCAGUGCUCCAAGCACUUUUUGUUACUCUCUAAGUUGAGCGCUUGGGGUUUGACAGGUAGUGACGUACUUUGACACUGUUAACUUGUUAAAUACAGUGAAAAGUUUAUGAGUGAAGAAUGCUGAGAAGAUUGUAAUGCUUUGUACAAAUAAAAGUCUUGUUAAAAAA